AAUUGGCGCCGCCUCGCGGGGAUCAGUGGACAGUCUCACCUCCGAAGUGAUCGUGACGAGUUGUUCUCGCGGUAGCGUUUCCCCGGUGAUUCUCGCGGUCUCCUUCAACGGCCAAAUCUCCCGAGGCUGCUCUACCGCGAAAAACAAUAUUAGGGAGCCUCCGAUGGUACAUUGGGUUUCUCUCGUGAACCAAGAUUGUAGCCAUUGACUAUUCUACAGGCAAUGGUGAUGGCCAAGCAUUGAACUCGAUCGGACCGGAGGGUCUAAUCGUGCUCCCGCGAAACAACGCCCCAGGAAUCAGCCAGGUCACCCGAGGAUCAUGAAAAUGGUCUUGUCGCAACGUCAGAGGGAGGAGUUAAAUAAGGCGAUCGCAGAUUAUCUAAGCACCAACGGCUACCAAGAUGCGCUCGAGGCGUUCAAGAAGGAGGCUGAUAUGCCCGGGGAGGUGGAGCGCAAGUACGGGGGCCUCCUCGAGAAGAAGUGGACUUCGGUCAUCCGAUUACAGAAGAAGGUAAUGGAAUUGGAGUCCAAGCUGUCCGAAGCGGAAAAGGAGUUCAUAGAGGGCGCGCCAACGCGGGGAAAAAGGUCGCCGACAGAAUGGAUCCCACGACCACCCGAGAAAUAUUGCCUCAGUGGACACAGAGCCCCGAUCAGCAGAGUCAUUUUUCACCCGGUGUUCAGCCUCAUAGUCUCGGCCAGCGAGGACGCGACUAUAAAGGUAUGGGACUUCGAGAGCGGCGAGUACGAGAGGACAUUAAAGGGCCACACGGAGAGCGUCCAGGACGUGGCAUUCGACGUGUCCGGGAAAUUGCUGGUCUCCUGCAGCGCGGACAUGUCCAUCAAGCUCUGGGACUUCCAGCAGUCGUUUGCUUGCAUCAAGACUAUGCACGGCCACGAUCACAACGUCAGCUCGGUGUCGUUCGUACCCCAGGGCGACUACGUCGUGAGUGCGUCGCGCGACAAGACUAUCAAGAUCUGGGAGGUCGCCACGGGUUACUGCGUGAAGACGCUCGUUGGCCACAGGGAGUGGGUCAGGAUGGCGAGAGUCAGCCCUUGUGGGGAGCUCAUUGCCAGUUGUUCAAACGACCAGACAGUCAGGGUCUGGCACGUCGCUACCAAGGAGACCAAGGUCGAACUUAGGGAUCACGAUCACGUAGUGGAGUGCAUCGCUUGGGCCCCUGAGUGUGCCCGGGCAUCUAUAAACGCGGGCGCGGGUGCCGACAACAAGGGAGCCCACGAGGGGCCCUUCCUGGCUUCGGGAUCGCGAGACAAGACCAUCCGGGUCUGGGACGUCGGUGGCGGGGUCUGCCUCUUUACCCUCCUGGGACAUGACAAUUGGGUCCGCGGCAUCGUCUUCCACCCCGCCGGCAAGUUCAUGGUCAGCGCCUCUGACGACAAGACGUUGCGGGUGUGGGAUAUGCGCAACAAGCGAGCGAUGAAGACGAUCGAGGCCCACGUACACUUCUGCACCUCCGUAGAUUUCCACAAGAGCCACCCAUACGUGGUAAGCGGUAGCGUAGAUCAAACGGUGAAAAUCUGGGAAUGCCGCUAGUCACCCCGGCCCGGGUCGAAUCCCAUCUUUCGCCCUCUGUCACGCGAGAGGGGGGGGGGGAAGAGGGAGGCACGUGGAAAGUAUAUGAGGUCAAAAUCGAAGGAAAACCAUGUACUCGAGUACAGUCCACAGUGGGUACGGCGACGAGAGAGUGCAAACGCUGUUGAGAUAAGCUCUAUCGUACAUACUACUACUCCUACUAUUACUACUAUUAUAUAGAUAUAUAUACACACAUAACACAUGAAACACAUACGGUUAGGAGCUCUUUAAUUAAUUUAUAAUAAAGUAUAAUUAGUGAUUAAUAUUAUAAAUAUAUAUAUGAUGAUGAUGGUCGUUUAACGAUGACGAAGUAUACACGUACACUUUGGGACGAUAGAAAAGAUGAACGAGAUAGAAACGAAAACAGCGUGGGAAGAGGAAAAAAGAAAGAAAGAGUCGGGGCCGAGACUCACGAAAACGGAGAGGACGUCUCCCCUGGGGAUCGUCGAGAUCCUGUUUCGCCAGCCCGAAGGACGACGACGAAUUCGUUUCCUUGCGUUUGUCGCCCAAUGCUCUUGUAUAUAUAUAUACAUACAUAUAUAUAUAUAUACACAUGUAUUGAUAUGUCCGGCUGCAUGGUCGAGUAAUCGCUGUACGUUUCAGGGUAUACCGAGUUGUGCACGCUUGCGUUAGCGCUUAUUUCGGGACAAGUAAGGAAAGUCGCCGAUAUCCAACGCUGGAUACACCGGAGUUAUACCCGGUAGGGUGGAUAAGGCGUAGAGCUCCUCGCCGAGACGAUCGCUCUUUCUUAUUUCCACUGGUGACGAAUCGUCACUUAGUGUACCGUACAUUGCGCGUCGCGAUAUACAAUUGACGCGUAAUACCCGUACACUCGCCAUCUCCUUGGGCUGCCCACUCAGACCCUGGACACGACGGCGACUGUCGCAACUGCGAUUACGAUUACGAUUACGAUGCUGUUCCCUUUAUUUAUAUUACACGUAAUUGUUGUACCGCCAACACGCGCGCGUACACUCAAGGACGCGACUUAUGCUGUAUUGAUACAUUAAGCAUUGGUAUUCCACGCGAGGUCGAGACUACUUUGCGUACGUAUUGUAUUAGGCGAAACAAAAGUCUUUUGCCCCGUCGAGGCUCGUAGCGUGAUCAUGUAGAAUCUGCCGGGAUAUUUAGAGAAACACGUGGUCGUAGAUUCAAUGUCCUCGUCCGUUACUUUUCAUUAACAGAGAAUCUCUUGCUUAUUGAAAUUUCGUGCCGUUACCAUUAGCCGAAGUCCUCGGGCGGAAUUUUUAAAAGUGACUAGCUUCUCUCUCUUUCUCUUUUUUCCCUCUUUCAAACAGGAAGUAAAUGACUUGGACAUUGAGUUUAACGGGCCUGUAGAUUAGUGUAAAUUUUCUCUGGCUAGUUUUUCACACGAGCUUAAGUCACUCGAUGCUGCUUCGUCCCGUAUGUUCCGUACACCGAAGACACAAGCAUGCACACACGAUUAUUACACGAUCGCACGCCAUCCCGGGACACAUUAUAUAUACAUAUAUAUAUAUGAUCCACCCUCGUGCAUACGCGUAUAUUAUUAUAUUAUAUUAAUACUUUUAGCCUGACACUGGCGAAUUUCAGCGACUGAGACGCCGCGUUUUCAUUACCGCCAGGUUGCCGCGCGAUCGUUAUAUCACAUCGAGUCAUUAAACGUUUUACGUUCACUUGUUAAUACAACAUUGCGACGAUUAAGUUUACUCUCUCUCUCUUUCUCUCUCUCUCUCACACACGGCGGCUGUAACUCUUAGGACGAUCGCCUUUUCCAAAUGUGUAUAUCCAGUCGUUUCGUGCGACCUUUUCCGGGUAAAUGAAAUACUUAUUUGAAUGCUUUUCCAUCGCCUACGGUGGAUUUUUUUAAACAACGCGAGUGGCUUUCGUUUUAUCUUUAUUAUCGUUAUUAGAAAAUACGCUCGGAGUAUAAGUGCACGCGGUGGAGUUAUUUUGGACACCUAGAGCGAAGGUCCCGUCUCUUUCUUUCUAUCUCCCUCCCUCUCGAUGAUUUUAUGCGAAUUGAUCUGGAUGAUUUAAGUGAGAACAAUCGUGCUCAAGGUCCACUUUGCGACUCGAGGAAUGAUUUCCAUGUGAUAUAGACCAUCGCGAGAGGCUUCUAUGCGCGCGAGAUUAUGUUAUCACGCCCAAAGAAGAACGAACCCUCCCGGGUCGGGACGAGCAGGGGUCGGCACCUUGGAGAGGGCGGACCUCGAAGAGACGUCCUAAUAAACAGCUGCGAGCUCGUUUCCGUAGUCUCGGCUCUGCGGGAUCGCGGAGAUGCGGUGACAAUUGAAUUGAAGCUGGUACUUCGGGCGCGAAUCCGAUCGGGGAUGAAAUUUCCCGGAGGCUUUUUCAUUUCGCCAGCGCUUGGCGUCCGAUCGACGUGCAUUAUUAAUAUAAUACUAUAUAUAUAUAUACAUACAUGAAUACAAUUAGAGACAGUCGAGUAGUGCGUGCGAACUUAAGCGUAAUGCGAGAAUAAUCGUAAAUCCCGCCCCUCCCCCCCCCCCGCUCGCAAACUGAAUUUAUUAAUCGUAAAAUGCAUACUUGUACGAGGAAAACGUAGCUGCGUGUAGCUUUUUUUGAACGGGGUCUUUGACGCGCGAGGUAAUAUAUAUAUAUACAUACGAAUGUAGUUGCACGUUGCUGCGACACCGUUAAUAAUUACUAGAAUAGUAGUUUUCGGAACCUUUUCACGCGGAGGAACGGAACAUUCUGUCCGAGGAGGAUCCGGAUCUUCCCCGGACACGGGGAUAGGUUCCGCGUUUUCCUUUUCUCCGGGGUUUUGACGCACGGGCCGGUAGGACUUGCGUUCACCUCGUCGAGCACUGAAUUUUAUAAGGAGACGUUUAAUCGGAGGAACGUUAGACUUACUAAAAGAGAGGAGACGGCGCUUGGUAUCCCUCGGUAACGAUGUAGCGACUCGGAAAUCCAAGAACCCGAGGGGGUGAGGGGGUUAAUUCGGUAAAUCUGGAAGUUGCUCAAGCGAAGAUUCACUCCACGUGGAAUUGCCUAAAAAUGUGAAGUUUUUAAAUAUCCGGUAAUGAAGAAACGCGAUUUGCUCGGUAAAGGACGUCGGGAGUGAUGCUUUUAUUUCGCCGCCGAGGGGUUUCAGAUUUUUGGGAUGUUCCACGUUUAGUAGAUUUUCGUAUACGGGGAUCCUAUGAGGCUCGUUUGACUUUCUCGAAAGGCUUGGAUUUCCCAGAACUUCGGUAGACGUAUGCUAGAUGUUCGAAUUAGCGACGCAUCGUCGAUAUUCCGGUUUCUUCGGGCUUAGGGGAGCAGUGUUUAUAAUUUCUUUUGAAAAAUUCUUUAUUCCCUUGUCCAAAGAGUCCAACGAGUGCGACUGCUUCGGCGAAGGUAGACCGCCGAGGUGUUAUGGUUUUAUUCCCUUCCUCUGCUUUUUAUAGCGAAUUUCGAACUUGGGAGUAAUGCAGGUCCUACUGUUCGUGUGCUAAUUAUUCGAGAAGUAGUAUACCAUGUUUGGCCAGUGCCCAGGACUGACUCCACUUCCCUUCCUCGCUUUGACCGAUACUACAUAUUGUGCAGUCAUCUACCAUUUACUAUCCGGGACCCGCGAGAGACCCCUCGAUCGAUGUGGUACUAAAUUAUUUUGGUGAAUAAUAAACGAAAUUCUCACUGA